AAUAUCACACGACCUUUUGCUAUAUAUAUAUAUAUAUAUAUAUGCAUAUAUUCAGUAAUCCUUCUUUUGAACGGUGUCCUAGUGAACGAGGUAAGUGUGUUUCAAUUCAUGAGUUGCUUGCUUGCUUCACCUUCCCCACCUUCUCUUGCUUUCUGAAUGGCUUCCUUUCGGCAACAAGAAGCGGACGAUGGUGGUGAUACACGAACCGGAGAUCUUAAAAUCAAUGGCCAAGGUGAUUCGAAACCCAUCAGUCACAACCACCAGGGCCCCACUAACCCCGCCAAUUGUUCUAAGGUUCCGUUCACUGACCCACCUUUACAGUCGCUGGACAUCGCCGCGCCGGCGUCGGCGAUUUCUUUGAAGAAAGAGCGGCACGCAGAGAUGAGGUCGCCAACACAGACAGCGGCGAUGGGGGCCGUGUCCGCGGCGCUUCAGAUGCCGGUACCUGUGCAGGCAUGGACGCCACCGAAGAAGGCAUCGGCUAAGGACCGCCACACGAAGGUGGAAGGACGCGGCCGGAGGAUCCGAAUGCCUGCCGCGUGCGCCGCUCGGAUCUUCCAGCUGACCCGAGAACUCGGCCACAGGUCCGACGGCGAAACCAUCCGGUGGCUACUCGAGCACGCCGAGCCAGCCAUCGUCGCUGCCACCAGCUCCGUAUCCGUCCCGUCGAUUGCCAUGUCAGUGAAUGGGUCGUUCAGGAUGCCGGCAACCGCCAUCGCCACCUCAUCCUCCGACGACGCUGACGGAGCCGACCCCACGAAGAAGAAGCGAAAACGACCCGAUGACAGCGUGCAGGUCGACGUAAACGACACCGGUCCCGUCUCCGCCGGCCUGGCUGCCGUUACUCCUCCCCAGGUUCAAAGGCUCGUGCCCAUGUGGGCCUUACCGACGAACGCCAUUGGAGCAUUGUGGAUGGUCCCUCCGACGACCGCCAUUGCCGGAGUUGCGAACCCGUCUCCGAUAUGGACGUUUCCGUCCGCAGCUACGCCUCUAGUAAACAUUUCUGCAAGGCCCAUCCCGUCGUUCGCUUCAGCCGUGAAAACAAACAGUACUAAAGCAACAUCAACAGAAACAGCAACAGCAACAACCACAGCUACAACUACUGCUACUGCUGCUCAGAUGCUUAGAGACUUCUCUUUGGAGGUUCACGAGAAAAAAGAGCUUCAGUUCAUGACCACCACCUCCUCGGCUCGCCCCCAAACAUCGCCUUCAGAUCACUGAAGAAUCAUGGCGUUUUCUAAAAGCAAUUUUUCUAUGAUUAGUAUGAACUUGUAUGAUUUGGACUAAAUUUAGUAUAGAAUUGUAUUAAAUUUUGUUUAAAUUCAUGCAAAUUUCAGACUCAAAAUAUGAGUUUUCAGACA